AUGGAGAACAUGUUCUUACUUACUCUGUGUUUACUGUGGCUAACGCUCCCAUUGAAUGGGAAGAACACUAUAUUUGUACAGAAACGGAUCCAGAGUUUCUUCACUUGGGAAUCUCUCGAAUCUGUGCUUAGAAACAAGGUUGGCUUGAGAGGGCCAAUGGAAAUGCCAUGGCCAAGUGGUAAAGGUCUUCUUAGGAAAGAGGUCAAUUUUUAUGCCAAAGUUAGGCCUUGCUUUAGUUUACCUGGUUACAAAACCCGUUACGAUGAUGUCAAUCUCAUCAUUAUCCGUGAAAACACACAAGGACACUACAGUGGGAUUGAACAUGAGGUCGUUAAAGGUGUGGUGCAAAGUCUUAAGAUUAUUACACGUGAGGCGAGUUUAAGAAUCGCAGAGUAUGCAUUUCGUUAUGCUAAGACUCAAGGGAGAAAGAAAGUUUCUGCAGUUCACAAAGCUAACAUUAUGCAGAAAACUGAUGGUCUUUUUCUCGAGUGUUGUGAGGAGGUUGCUAUGAAGUAUCCUGAGAUUAUAUAUGAGGAGGUUGUAAUUGAAAAUUGUUGUAUGAUGCUUGUGAAAAAUCCAUCAGUUUUUGAUGUCUUGGUGAUGCCGAAUCUCUACGGAGAUAUCAUCAGUAAUCUAUGUGCCGGAUUGGUUGGUGGAAUUGGAUUAGCUCCAAGUUGUAAUAUCGGAGAAGAUGGUAUUGCUCUUGCUGAAGUUGUUCAUGAUUCUGCACCUGAUAUUGCAGGAAAGAACCUGGCGAAUCCUACAGCUAUGCUUCUGAGUGGAGUUAUGCUGUUGCGCCACCUAGAGCUCAAUGAAAAAGCAGAGCAAAUUCAAAAUGCCAUUAUCAAAACAAUAGCAGAAGGCAAGCAUCGAACUUCUGACCUCGGAGGUACCUCAACCACAACGGAGUUCACAGAUGCCAUAUUGGAAAUAUUCGGAAACUACAAGGCGUCAAAAGAAAUGUUCUCUCUUCUUUCUCUGUGA